AUGCGAAAGUGCACCAAAAAAUCGAAGCAGAAUCGAAACACGAGGAAGCUGGUCAAACUCACCCGAUUCAUCAGCAGGCCGCUUGAUCAGAUUAAGACAGAGAGAGUUGAAGCAUCUGGAGAAUACGUGUGUGAGAAAUGCGACAGAAUAUUCAAAGAUGAGCACACUUUAACUGUUCACUUAAAGACUAGAGCACAUAAAAGAAGAGAAAAAGAGUGGAAUGAGGAAUAUCACACCAGAAAAGACGCAGAAAUGGCAGCAGGCUUGUUUUAA